UCGAACACACGGUGUUCAAACGGUGUCUCGUUAACUUGCAUCAAAGACUAAUUUGUUCUACUCAUCUAUCGCCUUCUGUAUUUUUGCUAUAUUUUUUCUUUUUCUAUUUGUUUUUUUACUUGUUAUCUAACAUCCUAUGUAUUAUACAUACAUGACUAUUUGAUCUCGUUUGUUAUUCUGAUCCGGCGAACACUUGCGUCAAUAACGAGAAUCACAGCAGAUCUGAUGUGUAGACGAUAGAUAUCAAGAAUAGGAAACUAAUUGUAACGAAUAUUCCAUUAGUAACAAAAAUCGACGAAAUUCGGAACGGUGCAAAUUAUUCAGAUUCAAGAUCUUUCGGAGUCGUGAGGUGGCGAUCAAAAAUAGCUAUACACAUCCUAGCUGAAGCCUGUGACAAGAAGCGGCUGGUUAAAAUUUAGUGGCUGAUUGUAUUCUGUAUUUUUAUGUGUCUAAAGAAAUAUUUGAAAAUCGAAUGCGCAAAAGUAUUUAGCACACCUAAUAUUAUAUAAGAAUAUAGAAUUACACAACAUAUAGUUAUACGAUUGUCAGGUCCCGAGCACUGUACAACUGAGGCUCGAAGAUCCGUGCGCUGGAGAGUUCAUAUUUUGACUGGAAGCCGGCAUUCAUUCAUUGAAAAAAAAAAGAGAAAAGAAAGACGUAAGAUUUACAAAGUCAGACUACGAGAUGUCGUACAUUGUGGAGUGGUAUAGAGAUGUGAUCGACAACAAAUAUGAUCCAAGAACACAAGAAUGGUUUCUGGUAUCUAGUCCUGGUCCAGUUUUAACGAUCAUAGCGACAUAUAUAUAUUUUUGCAUUUCCGCCGGACCGAGAUAUAUGAAGGACAAGAAGCCAUACGAUUUGAGAAAUACUCUGAUAAUUUAUAAUUUUAUCCAAGUUCUUGUAAGCGUUUAUCUUGUUUAUGAAGGUUUGAUGGCUGGGUGGUUGUACGAAUAUAAUUUUAUUUGUCAACCUGUCGAUUAUUCAUAUAAACCGAGUUCAGUGAGGAUGGCCAAUGGCGUUUAUCUGUACUUUAUGUGCAAAUUGAUUGAGCUACUGGACACAGUGUUCUUUGUUCUGCGCAAAAAAGAUCAACAGAUCACGUUCCUGCAUCUUUACCAUCAUUCACUGAUGCCAAUCUGUGCCUGGAUCGGUGUGAAAUUCGUUGCCGGUGGUCACCCGACUCUCCUUGGUGUCAUCAACUCCUUCGUCCACGUCUUUAUGUACACCUACUACAUGUUAGCUGCCUUCGGGCCAUAUAUGCAGAAGUAUCUUUGGUGGAAAAAAUACCUGACUAUCUUGCAGAUUGUACAGUUUAUCAUAAUAUUUUUCCACAAUUUUCAAAUGCAAUUUACUAGCUGUAAUUUCCCCAAAUCACUGUCAUUUCUGCUCAUGAUUAAUGCUGGCUUGUUCACUUACAUGUUUGGAUCAUUUUAUGUGAAUAAUUAUUUGAUCUCAAAAGUAGGACGGGUAUCGAAGACUAAUGACGCUAUUAAUGGCUCUGUUAGUGUUAAUGGUAACGCAAUUUUCAACAAGAAAUAUGAUAAAUCCAAUUAAAAGACUUGCGGAGUUCUUCUAGCUAUAGGAUUGUAACUGUGAGAGCAGAAGAAUGAUUUUUCAAAGUUCUUUUAAGAAUAGUUUAUUAAAGAACAGAUUAAAUUCUUGAGACAUAGAUAUAGAUAAUUAAAUGUCAUACUCACAUAAAUAACGAGACGUUCUUCCAACCUUAGCAUUAUUCUGCCAAUAUUUCUGCAAUGCAAUAAAGAUUAACGCGAAAUAAUGAUAUUUUACAAGUAUGAAUGAAGAUGGAUUUGGCUUACUUGUAUUAAGAACGAUCUACAAGGGAUUCUUAGAAAUUACAUGUGAUUUAUUACAGCGAGAAUAUUUGAUUAUUACUCUAGCAUUUUAUAGACAUCUUUCUGAGAUGCGUAACAAUAUUAAUACGAUGUAUAAUACGAUUUGACAUGAAAUAUUAGACUAAAAUAAGAGCCAAAUUCUGUUUCAAAGUUUUAUCAAGAAAUUCAUGUUCGCAUGAUAUAAUUAAGAUAGGCGUCUUAUUGAAAUUUAUGUUUUAAAUUUU